AUGGUAUACGACGAUCUUCUUGACGAAAUAGCAGAGAAGAAUAUUCCCUUUACUAGUUUCAAACCACCGAGGCGGAGUCGGAACGAGUAUUGCCGCAUGUCUCCGGUUAAGACAAGGUCAAAGUCCGCUGGAGUCGGGUCCUGUGACCCUUCAUAUAAUAUCAGCUCUCAGAAACGUGAUGAUGAUGAUGCUGGUGAUGACUUUGACCCCAAUACCCCCAGCCGUCCGCCUAGAGAUCGCCGGCUUGCUCACCCGCCAGCUCCCCGUUCCACAUCAGGAAAGGCAGCACCCCAAGGUUCAGGCUACAAAGGCAAGUCCCGGCAAUAUUGCUCUCAGCAGUGUCUUCUGGGCUUGAUCAAAGGAGGGACGCUAGAUCGCAAAUGUCCGAAUGUAUCGGAUCAUGGAGUGGAUCGACAUCGUCUGACCCCAGCGACCCUCAUUAGUCAGUUAGAUCGACAAUUCUUUAGCGACCACCAGCAGCUUGACACACAAAUAGGGUGCGAGUCGCUGCAUGUGCACGGAAGCCGCGGGGCGCUUUUCAAGAUCACACUAUGGUCCCAUGGAUAUACGUUUGUAGGGAAAGGCACGCCAGUUGAAUUUGUUACUGGCUCGAAACAUGAGGAACUUAUUUACUCGCAUCUCGCUCCGAUUCAAGGGUUAUACGUUCCAGUGCUACUAGGUAGCCUGCGACUUCGUCACCCAUUCCCUUACGAUGGUAUUGCCGAGAUCGUCCACCUCAUGUUCAUGAGUUACGUCGGCAAACCCCUUGCAAACCGGCGUGACCUUGAUCGUUGUCCACAGAUUCAUCAACAAGUUGAGAAAUCCUUGCACGCGAUUCACGAACUGAAUGUGCUUCAGGGCGAUCCGAUACCCGGCAACAUGGUCGAGGAAAAUGGUCGCGUGAUGUUUAUUGAUUUUGAGCGGGCAAAGCUGCAACCCCGACGACUGCCACUCGGUGGUAUUUCACCUAAUCACAAACGCAAGCGAGAGAUCGACUUCCCAGCCAUUAGCCAAGACAAGAACAGCCAUCAUGACUGUUUUGAGCGCGAGAAGCGACGCAUGAGAAAUGCAUUAUGA